UUUGGAAGAGUGUAACGUAUCGGUGUUACUUGAUGUUUUUCACCUGUUGCUUUUGGUUUUUCAUGUGAUAGCCGUGUCCACGUUCUCUUCCACGAUGGUUAAUGUGACUGGCAUUUUGACAAAAGAUAGGAAAGAAGACAUGAGAACAUCUGCAGAGAAUAUGGACGAGGAACGUAAAAGAGAACUAUCGUAUCUCUAUCUUUGUCACUUGGAAGAAGCUAAAAAAUGGAUGGAAGCCUGCUUGAGAGAGCCAUUACCUCCAUCGAUUGAGUUGGAAGAGAAUCUUCGUAACGGAGUGUACUUGGCUAAACUCGGUCACUUUAUGGCACCCAAUAUUUUACCAGUGAAUAAAAUCUACGAUACCGAACAGCGUAGAUAUAAAGCUGCUGGAUUGCAAUUUCGUCAUACAGACAAUAUAAAUUAUUUUCUAAAAUGCUUGGAAUCUGAGCAGCUACCACUGAUAUUUCUGCCAGAAACAACGGAUAUAUAUGAUAAAAAGAAUAUGCCGCGACUGAUAUAUUGUAUCCAUGCUCUUAGCAAGCAUUUAUUUAAAUAUGGGAAAGCACCACCAAUGCCAGAUUUGUAUGGAAAAGUAAAUUUUUCUGAGGAAGAAAUUGACAACGUUACUAAAGAACUGCAAAAACAUGGCAUUCAAAUGCCUGCUUUUCAAAAAAUAGGAGGUCUAUUGACAAACAGCGCUACUACGGAUACAGCUACUCUUCAUGACUCUGUGAUCGCAAUUAAUCAAGCUGUGAUAGAUAAUGACAAUGAUAAAAUUUUACAAAAACUUCGGAGUAAAGAAAUACAGUUAAAUAAUGUUAAACCUGCUUAUAUAGAAAAAUAUAUAAAGGCAUUGUCGGAAGCUAAAACAGCAAAAACAGAGGCAGCACUUAAUAAGUCCCUUAAUGAUAGUUACGUAGCAGACGAGUACGACGAGUUAUUAACACAAGCAGAAAUACAAGGACACAUUAAUUAUGUAAAUGCCUCAUGUGCAUUGGAAAUCAUUGUUUCAUCUUUAUCAUAUGACAACACAGAAAUAAUAGCUGCUUUGAAAGUGCCAGCAUUAUCUUUCAAGAAUAUAUAUUCUGAGAAUGUUGAAGAUUAUAAAGAACAACUAAUGCUAAUAUUGAAUAAAUUUGAGUGGAAUGAUAUAUAUCCAUCUGAAAGCAUUCAGUAUUGGACAGAAACAUUUCAGAAUGCGAUUAACAAAGGAAACGAAAACGCACAACGACGUCGCAAACGAGAGAAAACUAUCGAACAUCUGAAUAUGGCUUUAGAAUCUGCGGACAGAGAAAAAUUUUAUGAGCUCUUGCAAACUCCGUGUUUAGAAAUCUCUCAUUAUAUUGAUGAAUUUGCAGUUCCACUGUAUUAUCAAGAGAUGAAGGAAGAUCAUAUAGAAUCUGGAACCAAUAUCACUUAUGAUGACAUAGUCGGUUGUAUAUCUGUUUUAUCUGUUAUUGCCGUUAUUACCAAAGCAGUGGACACAGGAAAUCCAGAUUUCAUGUACGAAACGCUGUCGAAUCCUAAUGCACGUUUGGCUGGAUUGGAUGAAUUUAAUAAAGUGAAGUAUGCUCGAGAAUUAAUAACGGCUCGGCCCGCAAAGCUAAGAGCGCCCCAAGAAUGUUCUAUAUUAUCUUAUAGCGAUAUUCAAGAAUGCAUCGAUUUGGUAAACGUACAAUGCGACGAAGGUUUUGAAGUUAUAGAGGUUUUGCAACAAAUUAAUCGAGCCGUAUCAGCGAAUGAUCAUGAGAAUAUGAUGAAAGCUUUAAAAAUGAUUACCGCAAAGUUUGAUAUACCCACAUAUCCAUACGAUGCGUCGUUUUAUUUGAAGCUGCUGAAGAAACGUUUAUUUGAAAAAGAAUUUGACGGAUCUGAACUAUGGCUGGACGAUGUCAAAACUAUAGCGAAGACAGUGACAUCAGAGAUCGAAGAAAUGCAAGAAAUGAUAGCAUUUUUAUGUAACAUCAACACUUACGUGGAGAAUGAUAAUAUGAUAGAUACUCUCGACUGCCUGGAAACGCUCGGUAUAUCUGAAAAAUUUAAUGGAUUUACUGAAGAAUGUCAAGAGAGAUGUUUUCUAGCAUUGCGACAGUUACAGAGGUGGAAGCAUGAAAUGUACAGUUGUCCAUAUGUUUGCUAUACUACUAACAAAGGAAAUAAAAUUUAUAUGGAUUUGAAAGGCGGAAGAUAUGCAUGGGAGCGUCCGAUAGAUUUUACGAAAACUUGUCAUCUCACCAUAGAUGACAUAAAUGAAACAAUUAAAUCUAUUUUAGCAGAGAAACAUGAAGAAGUUUAUAUGAUGUAUGAUGAAAAAUUGUUUAUUAAUCUUCAAGCUUGUAUUAGGGGAUUUUUGUUGCGUAGAAGAAUUGCUGAUAGAUAUGCUUAUUUCGACGAUAAUCUGAGAAAAAUCAUCACGAUACAAGCAUGGUGGAGAGGCAUUAGGCAACGAAAACAAUACCGUAAAUUGUUAAAAAGAAGGAGACAAAAUAUGUUGUUAUAUCAAAGUAAAAACAAAUUACUAAUUGCAAGAGCAAACGACAAGAUUGAUAAAUUAAGUCGAUAUAAAAGACACGAGGAUAAAAUAAUUAAGAUACAAGCUCUAUGGCGUGGCCGAGCAUCGAGGAAAGCCUUUCGCUCCUUAUUGCACUCAAAGAAACCGUCGUUCCCUGUUGUCAGAUAUUUUUCAACGGUAUUAGGUUUUAGCGCCGAGGAUUAUGACAAGGAUCUAGAAUUACAAAAAUUAAAACACGAAGUCGUCCAAUGUAUAAGGCAUAACCAGAAUCUAUCGGAGCAAUUAAACAGUAUGUUCGUCAAAAUAGGAUUACUGAUCCAGAACAGAAUAGCAUUACAGGACGUCGUGGCGCAUGGCAAAAGUCUGGAUACUCUUGCGAAGGAGAAGAACGCGAGCAAGGAUCAAAACACUUUAAACGAUGUUGCUAUGUUGACACACAAAGGUCUCAAAUCAUUAACGAGAGAAGGUCGUAAGAUGUUGGAGGGUUAUCAGCACUUGUUUUACGCAUUGCAGACGAAUCCGCAAUAUUUAUCCAAGCUGUUAUAUUUGCCCCCUAGCAACAAAUCGAACAAGCUGUUCCUGAAGAAUAUCAUCUUGACGCUGUUUAAUUUCGGAUCAAACACUCGAGAAGACUAUUUAUUGCUGAAACUAUUUGGUUGCGCGUUGAGAGAGGAGAUCAAAUGCAAUUGCCAUCAGCCUUCCGACGUGUUGACCGGCAAACCUUUGGUUCGCGAGAUGGUGGUCAAUUACGCGAAACAAUUCAAUGGUCAAGCGUCAUUAAAACAGAUCGUAGGUCCAUUAAUCGAAAAGGUUUUGGAGGAAAAGGAUUUGUGCAUAGAAACAAAUCCAGUAGACAUAUACAAGCUUUGGCGGAAUCAAUUAGAAAUGGAAUGCGGCCAGUCUUUGGAUAUGCCCCAUUCGGUAUCUCAGGAACAAGCGCUGAAACACAUUCCAGUGCAGGAGUCGCUCACAAGAGCGAUAAAUCAGUUGAAGAAGAUAUCUCUUGAAUUUCUCGAUAGAAUAACACAGUCCCGCGAUCUGAUCCCUUAUGGGAUGCUCUACGUUUCGAAGAUCCUAUACAACACGUUGCUAGAGAAGUUUCCGCAUGCUCCCGAGAAGGAUUUUUUGAAAGCGGUCGGCAAUUUGAUUUACUAUCACUUCAUCAACGCCGCAAUUGUGGCACCGGACACAUUCGACAUCGUCACAUUGCCGGUGGACAGAACAUUGUCUUCUUGCCAGAGGAAGAAUCUGGCCAGUAUAGCCAAGGUACUGCAAUUCUCCACUUCGAAGAAAGGUUUCGGCGAGGAGGCACCGCAUUUGGAAUGCUUAAAUUCGUUUAUAAUUGCUUGUCAUGAGAAGUUUAAGGAUUUCUUCCGAUAUUGCUGCCAAGUGGAGGACCUCGAAGAGCACUUCGAUAUUCAUGAAUAUACGGAAGCGACCCUGAUACAAAGUCCGGAGAUAUGCAUAUCUUUACAGGAAAUAUGCGAGAUGCAUGCUCUGAUGUUGAAUUAUGAGGAUCAAAUAGCACUGGAUCCAUCUGAUCCUCUACAUGACUUAUUGGAUGAUCUGGGUCCAGCACCGACUGUAGCAUCAUUGCUUGGGAUAUCUAAAGCGACGUACGAUGCAAAUUUGGCACGAUACAGCAAGCAAGAGGUGUGCCUGGUAUUGACCAACAAAUUUCAAGUGCCACGGAACGACGACACGAAUCUGAGCAAUCUCUUCGUAAAGACCAAGGAGUUACUCGUGUCGGUUAUUCCAUUCUUAAAGAGGCCGACUCUUGUGGAGUCUUUAGAAACCACAACCUCUCCGAUGUGCGUGAAAUUAUUUGACUAUUCGUCUGUGUCGCCGAUAGUUCGCGAAAGUUCAUCUAUAAAUGAUUGUAAAAUACAAUUACGUGCGUAUUUGAAUAAACUCGAACUCGAGGGAUGGAUCAAUCGCGCGAACGGUUAUCAGACGAUCGUGACCGCGAUAGCAAGGGAUAUUUGCAACAAAAGCAAGUACCGCGUUGCGAGAGACAAAGAGUUGCAGACGCUGCGGGCGACUAAGGACCGAUUAGAUGAGAAGACGCGGUACUAUCAAGAGCAAGUCGGAUUCUAUAAUGAAUACAUAAAGGGUUGUCUCCAAAAUCUGCACAGUGGAAAGAGUUCGCUCCGUGCAUAUCGGAUGACGCAGAAGGAUACAUACACGCAGUGCAAACUGAGAUCCAAGAUGACCGUGAAGUAUUCCGCAUGGAAGCUGCAGGAGAAGGGCGUGUUGAUGGAGGUUGAUCAGGCGUUGAGUCCGACGGAGAUGAAGAACGUGAUUUUCGAGAUAAGUCCAACGGAGCACAGUGGUGUAUUUGCCGUGCGCUGUAAAUUCAUGGGUGUUGAGCUGGAAAAACUUGAUAUUAGCAUACAAGAGCUUCUCGAACUGCAGUAUGAGGGCAGACCUUGCAUGGAUAUGUUCGGUAGAGCCAAGGUUAACGUAAAUCUGCUCCUGUAUCUGCUGAAUCGAAAAUUUUAUGGCAAAAAGAGUUGAAGGAACUGUCUUAAUAUUCUUCUAAUAGAAUUCGGAACAACUGAGUCGAUUCAUGCGUGUUACAUGUGCAAUUCACUGCUAGCACAACGUGUUCAGAGCGAAAGUUUCAUUGGUAUUUUAUUAUCGCGACGAGUGUCGAUGGUCUAAUAAGUAUUUUUCGUAUUUCGAGAUUUUCUUUCUGGGAAUGUUGAUAUAUUUUGAUACAGAAAACUUCAUGUAAUACAUGGAGUAGGGGGAAGUUUGUGAGAUUUUACUUUCUUUUUGGGAAUAAAGAAAGCCAAUUAUCUUUUCCUCAUGACGCAAGUACAAUUAUUUGGACAUGCGUUGUAUACAAAAAGUCUGUUUUUUUUU